UAUAAAACCAGCUAACUGAAGAUAUAGCAACUCACUGAAAGUAUUUCUGUGGUUUGCAGUAUUGACAAAAAUGGCUUCUACAAAACAAAACGGACUUAGCAAAACUGCUGGAAAACCCAUUCGUUGCAGAGCUGCGGUAGCAAGAAAACCAGGAGAAGCACUGGUGAUAGAGGAAGUGAUAGUGGCUCCUCCUAAAGCACAUGAAGUUCGACUAAAAAUCAUUUGUACUUCUCUUUGUUACAGCGACAUUACCUUCUGGAAGAUGAAAGAAUUUCCUGGUUGCUUUCCAAGAAUCUUGGGCCAUGAAGCUUUUGGGAUUGUGGAGAGUGUUGGAGAAGAUGUUGAGGAGUUAAAAGAAGGAGAUUCAGUUGUACCUAUAUUUUUGCCCGACUGUAAGGAAUGUGUAGACUGUAAAUCCGAGAAAAGCAACCUUUGUUCCAAAUUCCCAUUUGAGAUAUCUCCAUUGCUACAUAGAGAUGAAACAAGCAGAUUCACUACUGUUGAAGGAGAAACUUUACACCAUUUCGUGUAUAUAUCAAGUUUUUCCGAGUACACAGUCGUCGACAUUGCUAAUGUAACAAAGAUUGAUCCUGAAAUCCCACCUAACCGGGCAUGCCUCUUGAGUUGUGGAGUAUCAACAGGAGUAGGUGCUGCUUGGAAAACAGCUAAUGUGGAACCAGGUUCAACUGUAGUGAUCUUCGGUUUGGGUGCAAUCGGAUUAGCAGUUGCAGAAGGAGCAAGGCUAUGUGGUGCUACCAGAAUUAUUGGUGUAGAUAUGAACUCUGACAAGUUUGAAAUAGGGAAGCAAUUUGGAGUCACUGAUUUUAUCAAUUCCAACAGCUGUGAGGAUAAACCUAUUAGCCAGGUGAUAAUUGAGAUGACUAAUGGAGGUGCUGACUAUUGUUUUGAAUGUGUUGGUCUGGGAACACUUGUGCAGGAAGCGUUCGCCUGCUGUCGAAAGGGUUGGGGAAAAACAGUUGUUUUAGGAGUUGAUAAGCCAGGGGCACAGCUGAACUUGAACUCUUUUGAGGUUCUUACGAGUAAGAAAACUCUCACAGGAGCACUCUUUGGUGGUCUCAAACCAAAAUCCGACGUUCCUAUCCUUGUUAAACGUUAUCUUGAUAAGGAAUUGCAAUUGGACAAGUUUGUGACACAUGAAGUGAAUUUUGAAGACAUCAACAAGGCUUUCGAUUUACUUAUUCAAGGAAAGAGCCUACGCUGUGUUAUUUGGAUGGACAAGUGAUUUAUUUCACUGCAGCCUGCGCCAUAAUAAGUAUUCCCUUGUUCUUUAGUUAUUGAACCUCAACUUUCGAAAUCCACGUUACUCAGCCCAAGAAAAAAAGCUCCUGUAAUAGAUGAACAGUAGGCAAUUGUUUUUCCAAUAUUAAGUUAAUAUCUGUUUUUGUGGGAACAAACAAGAUCAUCAAUGCCAAAGUUCUGUUCAUACA